UCUCCCUCUUGAUGAUUACUCACAGUUUAGCUGUUUUUUAUGUCUGCUGCAUCCUUUCAGGUCAAGGCAAUGUGCAGGCGGGUCAGGUGGCAGACGCCAUGUUGGACGCAGUGAUUGAUGUGUUGAACCAAAACCCUUCGAGUACCCUGACAACAGUCCGGAUAAUCAUCUUCCAACAGCAAAUGCUGAAAGACUUCCACAACAGUAUGCUCCAAAGGGAAGCUGGUGAACAGCAGGAAAAAGGCACAUUGUUGUCCUCUUUUGGCCAAAGAUUCAAAUCCUUCUUUUUUGGUCAAAGUGAAGAGAAGCAGAAAAAGGAGGAUGAGAUCUCCAUUGUGCCGGUCAAAGCUGACCCCGCUUGCUUCCACAUCUGCGGCGGCACACAGGCUAAAGUAGAUGCAGCCAAGAAGUGGAUAACUGACCUAAUAGUCAACGAACAAACCAGUACGGCCAUAACUGACAACGUCAUCUUAGACCUGUCAAAGGCAGAAUCUCAGCUCAUCAACGACAUCCAAAAGAAAAUGGGGGUGACCAUCCAAAUGACGAACAUAGACUCCCAGGCUUCGCUCAUCGUGGAAGGACUCAGCAAGGACGUGAUCAAAGCCUUGAGUGAGAUCAGCAAUAUUCUAAAAAACGUUAGGAACAAGCAAGAGUUGGACAAGAAGGUGGAGCUGGCAGGGGCAGUGGCAGACUGGCAGUACCAACUGCAGGGGCAGCCAUUUCAGAGUUUUGAUGCACUGACUAACUACGAGCUUGAGCAUGCACUGCAACAGGAUCAAAAAUCUGUAAACAUCAAAGUCCAGGGAAAAGACUACACCGCCAGCCUACCUGAAGGACCAGCCACAGACAAGAAGGGAAACACUCUCCAAAUUAUACGAAUCGAUAAACUAAAAGGUGA